AUGGGGACGCGCAGCCAGACGGCGACGCGGCCUUCCUCCCGCCACCGGGCCACCGCGCCUGCGGGAGAGACCAAGGGUCAAACUACCAUCGAUGUGAGAAACGUGACAGCGGUGGCAGCAGAGGAGGCGCCGCCAGCUCGGCAGCAUUUUACGUGGUACGAUUUGGCGUUUACACAUAAACUGAUGGCUUUUAUGUCAGGAUCUGCCCUAAGGCUCUGGGGAAGGGAUCUCCGACGCCUUCCUCCGCCUGCGCCAACACGCUCCACCACACGGCCGCGGCUGUGUGUGGAGGAGGACGACCACCGCCGCCCCCCACCCCGCUGCCCCCCGCCCGGAGAUGACAAAGUUCCAAAAAUGUUGCGAAGAUCCCUCGCCCAGCUGUCGCUGAGCAGCAUGAAGUCUGCAAACAUAUGUAUAGGUCGUCCAGUGUUGCUUACCUCUGCUGAUGGGCGACAGGAGGUCUGUACAGCUUGGCCUACCACAGGCUUUCCAGGCGGGAAAGUUGGGCUGAGUGAAACCACACAGAAGAACCUGAAAGUAAAUCCAGGUGAUGCCAUCACUGUGCAGCCUGUGACUGGUGCUGUCAUCCAGGCAGAGGAAGUCAACGUAAAGUUGGGGGACAAAGAUGCCACCGUUAAUGCUGAGGAAAUGUCUGUUUGUCUACUGAGAAACCUAGAUGGGAAAAUAGUUUUACCAGGAAACCUCUUGGCCUUCACUUUCUAUGGCAAACUUUGUAACAUCAUGGUGAUGAAGGUGAAAGGAACUGAUGGUGCAGAGCUGACUGCCCAGGGCAAUGCCAUUUCCAGUGAUAUGCAUGAGCCAGACCCUGAAAAGUCUGAUUUGGAGACAAGUAUGUUAGAUUUGUCCUUGCAGCUCAGCAAGAUGGACAUUGACACUAGUCCAGAGGUUGCAUCUGUGAGCACACCAAGCAAACUGAUGGAGCCAGGUUCACCAGUUACACCCAGUUCUGCUGUGGCAGCCAGUGGACAAGACUCUGCUCAGGGAGAUAAAACCUACAGCAAGAGAGAUGGUGCAGACCUCACCAAUGGCUUGGAGUUGUCUGGGAAAGGAGGCAGUGAGGGACUCCCACUAACUGGCAAAGCUGGAGCAAUAAGCAACACAGACGCUUUUUAUUUCAUUUCUUCAAGAACUAGAAUCAGUUUUAUUGAAACAAGGCUCAAUAUAGCAGAAGAUGGUGAUUUUGAAUCCCGAGUCACCUAUGACAUGAUAGGAGGUUUAAGCAGCCAGCUCAGAACUAUUAGAGAAACAGUUGAACUGCCCUUGAAGCAAGCCGAACUGUUCAAGAGUUAUGGAAUCUCUCCUCCUAGAGGAGUGCUAUUAUACGGCCCUCCAGGUACUGGGAAGACUAUGAUUGCCAAAGCCAUCGCGAAUGAGGUUGGCGCUCAUGUUACCGUUAUUAAUGGUCCUGAAAUAAUAAGCAAGUUUUAUGGGGAGUCUGAAUCAAGAUUACGUCAGAUAUUUGCUGAAGCUUCUCUGCGUCACCCCUCCAUUAUAUUUAUAGAUGAGUUGGAUGCACUUUGUCCGAAGAGAGAAGGGGCUCAGAAUGAAGUUGAAAAGAGAGUUGUUGCUUCAUUGCUGACAUUAAUGGAUGGCAUUGGCUCAGAAGGCAGUGAAGGGCAGCUGUUGGUACUUGGGGCCACUAAUCGUCCUCAUGCACUGGAUGCAGCACUGCGCAGACCUGGGCGUUUUGAUAAAGAGAUAGAAAUUGGAAUUCCUAAUGCCCAAGACCGCCUGGACAUACUCCAAAAGCUUCUGAAGAAAGUGCCCCAUUCGCUCACAGCAGCAGAGUUGGCGCAACUGGCUGAUAGUGCACACGGUUAUGUGGGUGCAGAUUUAGCAGCCUUGUGCAAGGAAGCAGGUUUAUACGCAUUGCGGAGAGCACUGGGGAAAAGACCCAACCUAUUAGACAACGAGGUGGCUGGGUCAGUGAUGAUUGCUUUCAGUGACUUCCUUCAGGGGAUGAAUGAUGUCAGGCCCAGCGCCAUGAGAGAGGUGGCAGUUGACGUGCCAAAAGUAUCUUGGUCAGACAUAGGAGGUCUAGAAGAUGUCAAGCUGAAAUUGAAGCAGGCAGUUGAAUGGCCCCUCAAACAUCCCGACUCCUUCAUCCGGAUGGGGAUUCAGCCUCCAAAAGGUGUGCUGCUUUAUGGACCUCCUGGGUGCUCAAAAACAAUGAUAGCAAAAGCUUUGGCUCAUGAAAGUGGUCUCAACUUCUUGGCAGUGAAGGGCCCUGAGCUUAUGAAUAAAUAUGUUGGUGAGUCUGAACGAGCAGUGAGAGAGAUCUUCAGAAAAGCCAGAGCAGUGUCUCCUUCAAUUCUUUUCUUUGAUGAAAUAGAUGCCUUGGCAGUUGAAAGGGGAAACUCUUCAGGUGCUGGAAAUGUAGCAGACCGUGUCUUGGCUCAGUUGUUAACGGAAAUGGAUGGGAUAGAACAGCUGAAGGACGUGACAAUUUUGGCAGCUACAAACAGACCGGACAUGAUAGACAAGGCCUUGCUGAGACCGGGACGAAUAGACAGAAUUAUCUAUGUGCCAUUGCCAGAUGCAGCCACUCGUGGGGAGAUCUUCAAACUUCAUUUUCAGUCCAUGCCAGUCAGUGACGAAGUCUGCUUAGCAGAGCUCAUUCAGCACACACAGAAGUACUCAGGAGCAGAGAUAACUGCAGUCUGUAGAGAAGCAGCCCUUCUAGCUCUUCAGGAAGACAUACAUGCCAAAUCUGUCAUGGGACGGCACUUUCGGUAUGCACUGACUGUUGUGACCCCAAGGAUUCCCGAUUCCUUAAUCCAGUUUUAUGCAGAUUAUCAGCAGCAAAGUGGACUGCACGCGCUUUGAAAGGCAAAUUAAUACAUAGCCCCAUUCAUGGUGUGAAUAGCAAAUUUCGUUUGUAAAGCUGUCAAAAGCCAAAGAAUUUUGUAUUGUGAGUGGAGUUUCCAAGUUAACUGAAGUGCAGAAUCAUUGUAAUAAAUGCCCCUGUGGAAGUUUUGAGUGUAACAGAUAUCAUCCAAAACUUUAUGAUUUCAGUGGUAAAAUCUGCAUUUUAGAGAUAGUAAAAUUGCUGGUUUAUCUGAGUGUAUAUCCAUUUAUCAAAAAAACAAUUACAAAAUUCUGAAUUUUUUGUCGAUUCUGGGCCCUAAAGAGAGUAGCAACAGGUGUCAUUACGGUCUGCAUUUGUUCCUGCCUCAACCACAGUUUAAUCCCAGGGACCAUCCUAGUGCGGCACAAACCUGGGGAGUGGCCUCACUACAAAAAAAUGCUGAAAAUUAUUCUGUAUCUUUUGAUUUAUGAUCCCCCAGAAAAGCUGCCAAACAGGCUUGCCGAACAUAUUGCUUUCUGAGAUAAAGCUAAGGUAUCCUGAUUGAUUACAGCGAAACGUUUAUCUUUGGUCUUAAACAACUCCUUUUUACACAUACUGGGAAGUAGGCACCUUAAAAACUGUACAUCCUUUGGCUAACCUGAAACCACUGCCAGGUGUCAGUAAAAGAUUUCUGUUGUUGCUUGUUUGUUUCCAUCAAAAUAAAUAGGAACGUUGAUUGGUAAAUUAAAGCUGGCCACUUAAAGUCCUAAUGAAUCUUAAUGUGUAAGAAAACCUCCUUUCAAAAACUGUUAUAAAUGACCACAAAAUAGUUCAGGGACAGAUAAAAUCUUUUCAGUUUAUUUCUUUGUUACAUCAUCUGUUGAAAUGAUGACAGGUCCUUAUGGACUCUCUGCUCUUGCAGUCAGUAUAAAACACAGUUAAGCAAACUCACUUUCAGCUUUUUUCUCCAUAAUAGAAAGACUUAGCUUUUCUAUUCCGUAUGAAAAAUAGAGGGAAAGCCCAAUACAAACUUUAACAA